UGAUAUUGUAAGGGCUGAUUUUUCAAGAGCCAGAUAAAACGUCAAGUAGCUAACUGAUCAAUAACUUUAUCUGAUUCUUUAACGAACCAAUAAAGAGUUUCAAUUUUUCAAAGCAUAGUUACCAGUCAGUUUACUACCUGACCUUUUUUUGUGACUAGCUUCACACUACAUCUGUGUGAGCGAGACGCGCUUAUGAACAUUUACAGAUCUAAGAAAGAGACAAACAAUUUUCAACUUAAUGACAGCGGUUGUCACAUUUUAGAGGGAAUCAUAACAUAACCUUAAACUUUGACGACUCGUCUUCGUGUUAAUAUUUAUUUUCCGUUCGAAUUUAUUGUUUGCUUUUUGUGUGUUGUGUGUAAUCAUGGAAAAUAUCGUAAAACGUGAACGUUCCACGAAUUUUAACAAAAGCGAAAUAAGAUUAUUGACUGAAUUGGUGGCAAAACACCGUACUAUAAUUGAAAAUAAGCAGACAGACGCCGUAACCAAUAAAGAAAAGGAAGCAGCGUGGAUAAAAAUCAGUUCAUUAUUUAAUGCGGCUACGGGAUUUACAGCGAGGAGUACCAAGAGCCUGAAGCUUAAAUAUGAAGGCAUAAAAAAGGAAACCAAAAAAACAUUGGCCAAACAUCGGCAAGAGCUGUACAAAACUGGUGGCGGGCCCUCUUCAGCCCCAGAGGUUACAGAUAUACAGGAGAGGGUUAUCGCGAUAUGUUCGAAUAUCAAUGGGCUGGAUGCUCGAAAUGACAGCGACAAAAUUCCAGAACCUUUAGAACUGGAAGAGACUGCUAAAGUUGACCCGCUAUCGUUGCCACUGCAAUCAUUAGAAAAUAAUUUAGUAAUUGUACCAUGUGAUGACGAUAUUCCGUGUACUUUAGAUCAAGAAGAGUUUUGCCCGCAACAGGAUUUAAAGGAGAAAGUUAACAGUGAAAUUGGAAAUGACAAGGCCUUUGAUGACUUUCAAUCUAUAGAGAUACAGGAUAUGGAAGUGGAUCAAACUGAAAAGGCACACUUAUUAAAAAUGCAGAACCUGCAUAAUGAUGAAAGAAGGAAGCAGGAAAUGCAUGAAGUACUAUUAAGUAAGCUCCGUACUGGUGUAAAUUAUGGAACAAGUCCUUUAGAAAUAAUAAAUAAAGAUUUAUAA